ACGCAGGAUGGCUCAGGGAUCCGGGGACCAGAGAGCAGUGGGGAUUGCUGAUCCAGAAGAGAGUUCUCCCAACAUGAUUGUCUACUGCAAAAUUGAGGACAUCAUUACGAAGAUGCAAGACGACAAGACGGGAGGUGUGCCCAUCAGAACAGUUAAGAGCUUUCUCUCCAAAAUCCCCAGUGUCGUCACAGGUACUGACAUUGUGCAGUGGCUUAUGAAGAACCUUUCCAUUGAGGACCCAGUCGAAGCAAUACACCUGGGGAGCCUUAUCGCCGCCCAGGGCUACAUCUUCCCGAUCUCAGAUCACGUUCUCACCAUGAAGGAUGAUGGCACUUUUUACCGUUUCCAGGCUCCUUACUUCUGGCCUUCAAACUGCUGGGAACCUGAAAACACGGACUAUGCCAUCUAUCUCUGUAAGAGGACAAUGCAGAACAAAGCAAGGCUGGAGCUGGCUGACUACGAAGCAGAAAACUUAGCGAGACUCCAGAGGGCCUUUGCGAGGAAGUGGGAAUUCAUCUUUAUGCAAGCAGAAGCGCAAGUAAAGAUUGAUCGGAAAAAGGAUAAGACAGAAAGGAAAAUUUUGGAUAGUCAAGAACGGGCCUUUUGGGAUGUCCACAGGCCAGUGCCAGGCUGUGUGAACACAACGGAAAUGGAUAUCAGAAAAUGUCGACGUUUGAAGAAUCCACAAAAGGUUAAAAAGUCAGUGUAUGGUGUGACUGAGGAGACCCAGUCACAGAGUCCAGUGCACAUACCAAGCCAGCCAAUCAGGAAAACUACAAAAGAUGACAUCCGAAAACAGAUAACAUUUUUGAAUGCACAGAUUGACAGACAUUGUUUGAAAAUGUCCAAAGUGGCUGAAAGCUUAAUCACUUACACAGAGCAGUAUGUGGAGUAUGACCCUUUCAUAACACCAGCAGAGCCAUCUAAUCCCUGGAUCAGCGAUGACGUCACCUUAUGGGACAUAGAGAUGAGCAAAGAACCCAGCCAGCAGCGAGUAAAACGAUGGGGCUUCUCUUUUGAUGAGAUCCUGAAGGACCAGGUGGGGCGGGACCAGUUCCUUCGGUUCCUGGAGUCCGAAUUCAGUUCAGAAAAUCUCAGGUUCUGGCUGGCUGUCCAGGAUCUCAAGAAGCAACCUCUCCAGGACGUGGCCAAGAGGGUGGAGGAAAUCUGGCAGGAGUUUCUAGCCCCCGGAGCCCCGAGUGCAAUCAACCUCGAUUCUCACAGCUAUGAGAUAACCAGUCAGAAUGUCAAAGAUGGAGGGAGAUACACAUUCGAAGACGCCCAGGAGCACAUCUACAAGCUGAUGAAGAGCGACAGCUAUGCCCGCUUCCUGCGAUCCAACGCUUACCAGGAUCUGUUGCUGGCCAAGAAGAAGCCAGAAAGUGAGCAAGGUCGUAGAACUUCCCUAGAAAAGUUCACUCGCAGUGUGUGCUGCUGGCGCAGAGUCAGAAUGGCCGCCGCGUUUCACCCCCGAGGUGGCUUCCUUCCAGCAGUGGGGAAAGUCGCUAGCGGGCAAGCGCCUCACGGGCCUGACGCAGUCCUCCUGACCGCCCCCGCCCAAGGGCCAGGGCCCGGGCCGGCAGAGAACCCGGGCAGGCGACGCUCAACAUCCAACGACAGGACUUCCUUGCGGGGAGAUUUGGUCACUGUGAAGGAAAAAGAGUGAGGGCCACUGAGGGCAAUGGUGGAGAGCUAUGGCGGGCGAAUGGGGAGAUCAGAGAGAAAGAAUCCACGGUGCCAGGCCAGCUGGGAGAGGCCCGUUUAGAGCAUCUCUCUCUCGGACCACCAUGCACCAAUGUUAAUUCUCUCCAAGGGUCCAUUUCUAACUUGGUCGGAGAAUGUCUCCUGGGGUUUCUGUCUGACUGUCACUUGAGAUGUUAACCUCACCUGUCCAGUAGUCUGGGGAAUCAUGCCUUCCAGCGAACUUCAGAGGGACGAGUGGACCCUGGGCACGUAGUAUUAUGCACCACCUCCCUGCUCUCUCUGAGGCACUCACAGUGCUCACUGCCACAUGCCUCACCCCCAAGGGUGGCCACCCAGGUGUCUGGGUGGGUGGCAGACACUGCUUUCACAUAAAAUGUCAAAAAUCACAUCUUCGGCACCAAUGGCACUUCAAGUUCUUUUCAGCCCCUCUCAGACGGAUUUUUAGAGGAGUCUCCACAGGGUAUGGUGGCCACCCUCAGGUCCCGUCGAAUGCCCAAGGGUCCAGAGCUUGAAGCGGCACCAGUGCAGCUAAUGGAAUAUGUUUGUUUAGUCACUGAAAGCUCUGGUAGCACACUCUCUCUAAAAUACUAUUACUUCAUGGCUUCUGAUUUUUGCCCCUUGGUUUGUUCCCUUGUGGUUUUUUUACUCAAAAUAAACAUGGCCAUGAACUCAGGGGCCAUUGGGCUUCUCCCCCACUGGUAGCCCAAGAUGAAAGUUUCUGGAGGUGGAUGGAUUUCAGGGAUGGCAUUUGGUGGUGAUCCUAUCAGGCCUGGCCAGACUCUCACUGGUUUAGAGCCUAGUUAUUCCUGAAGCUAAAAUACAAUAUGCAAUGGCAGGUCUGUGCCAGAGCCACACAAUUCCCUUCCCAACCUUCUUCUGAGGGCCUAGCCAAAGCACUCUCUUGAACGUAGCCCAUCAUCUAGGAAAAAGCAAAAUGCUUAAGCACUUACAGAAGAUCUUCCGUGUUCUUCCUGAGUGUCAGAAUUACCAUUUGCCAACCUGGCUAUGAAGUCUUGCACCUAAAGGCCACACCAUUGUCCUUGUUGUUGUGAUUGUAUUCACCAUGAGCCCUCAGACACAGCUGUAUUAAGCAACAUGCUUUAAAAUUCAACACCUGUUAGGUUGGCCCUGUCUUUGAUCUAUUUUUGCCAUAAGUGAAAAUUCCCCCUUGAGAGUAUGUUAAGCAGAGAAGGGAAAGGAAGGGAGGGAGGAGGGAGGAAGGAAGGAAGGAA